AUGGCCCCGUCUUCCCUUGAUGUUCUGCUGAAAGGCAGCUCCGGCCGGAACACGCGCGGUCUACUGCGGGUUAUCAUUCUCGUUACCAUUGCCGCCGCCGCAGUGUCCAGCCGAUUGUUCAGUGUUAUCCGUUUCGAAAGCAUUAUCCACGAAUUCGACCCGUGGUUCAAUUUCCGUGCAACAAAAUACUUGGUCGAAAAUGGCUUUUAUAGCUUCUGGGACUGGUUUGAUGACCGAACAUGGCAUCCUCUUGGUCGUGUCACUGGUGGCACGCUAUACCCUGGUCUGAUGGUGACCAGCGGAAUCAUCUACCACAUCCUUCGUCUCCUUACUAUCCCCGUUGACAUUCGGAACGUCUGUGUGCUGCUUGCCCCCGGUUUCUCCGGACUGACAGCCCUAGCAAUGUAUCUUCUGACCUCGGAGAUGUCUACCUCUCCUUCGGCAGGUCUUUUGGCUGCUGCCUUUAUGGGCAUCACUCCCGGUUACAUCUCACGUUCCGUUGCAGGAAGUUACGAUAACGAAGCUAUCGCGAUCUUCUUGUUGGUGUUCACAUUCUAUCUCUGGAUUAAGGCUGUCAAGAAUGGCUCCAUAAUGUGGGGAGCCCUGACUGCAUUGUUCUAUGGGUACAUGGUCUCGGCUUGGGGUGGAUACGUUUUCAUCACUAACUUGAUUCCUCUCCAUGUCUUUGUCCUUCUUUGCAUGGGCCGGUACAGCACCCGCGUCUACAUCAGCUACACGACUUGGUACGCUUUGGGAACAUUGGGUAGCAUGCAGAUUCCGUUUGUUGGAUUCUUGCCCAUCCGAAACAGUGACCACAUGUCAGCACUUGGUGUCUUUGGCUUAAUCCAGCUGGUGGCAUUUGCAGAGUUCAUCCGAAGCUAUAUUCCUGGCAAGCAGUUCCAGAAGCUUUUGACUUUUAUGAUUCUACUUACCGUCGGUCUCGGAUUCGGUGGUCUCAUUCUGCUGUCUGUGUCCGGCGUCAUUGCUCCCUGGAGCGGUCGUUUCUACUCUCUGUGGGACACUGGCUACGCCAAGGUUCAUAUUCCUAUUAUUGCUUCCGUCUCUGAGCACCAGCCUACUGCUUGGCCCGCUUUCUUCUUUGACUUGAACUUCCUUAUCUGGCUUUUCCCUGCAGGUGUCUUCAUGUGCUUCCAGAAGCUCAAGGAUGAACAUGUCUUCGUUGUGAUUUAUGCUGUCCUUGCCAGUUACUUCGCCGGUGUCAUGGUUCGUCUGAUGCUGACACUGACUCCAAUUGUCUGUGUUGCCGCUGCUCUCGCUCUGUCGGCAAUCCUCGACAACUUCUUGGUUGCCUCUACGCCCACCGCCGAGAGCAAAGCCAAGGCAACCACCGAGGACAAGUCACUUCGAUCAACCCGGGAACCGGUCGUUGGUAUCUACUCGUAUCUCUCCAAGGCCGUUGUGACCGGAUCGGUGACUCUUUACUUGCUUCUCUUCGUUGCGCACUGCACUUGGGUUACUUCCAACGCAUACUCGUCGCCCUCCGUGGUUCUGGCCAGCAAGCUUCCCGAUGGAAGUCAAUUCAUCAUUGACGAUUACCGUGAGGCAUACUACUGGCUCCGCCAGAACACCCCCGACAACGCCAAGAUCAUGUCCUGGUGGGAUUAUGGAUACCAGAUUGGCGGCAUGGCUGAUCGCCCCACUCUGGUUGACAACAACACCUGGAACAACACUCACAUCGCCACGGUUGGUAAGGCCAUGAGCUCUCGUGAGGAGGUCAGCUACCCGAUCCUGCGUCAACAUGACGUCGACUACGUUUUGGUCGUGUUUGGUGGACUCCUCGGCUACUCAGGUGAUGAUCUGAACAAGUUCCUCUGGAUGGUUCGCAUUGCUGAGGGUAUCUGGCCCGAUGAGGUGAAGGAGCGCGACUUCUUCACUGCUCGUGGCGAGUACCGCGUUGACGAGGAGGCCACUCCCGCCAUGAAGAACAGCUUGAUGUACAAGAUGUCUUACCACAACUACCAGAGUCUCUUCCCAGCAGGACAGGCCAUGGAUCGUGUCCGUGGCACCAAGCUUCCCAAGGAAAGCCCUCAGCUCAAUACCUUGGAGGAAGCUUUCACAAGUGAAAACUGGAUCGUUCGUCUUUACAAGGUCAAGGACCUUGACAACCUCGGCCGUGAUCACAGUCAUGCCGUUGCCUUCGACAAGGGCCUUAAACGCAAGCGCGCUACCAAACAUAAGGGUCCUCGUGUUCUGCGAACCGAGUAG